UGACGAUAUAAAUCCGAACAUUCAAGGUCUAUUCCUUAAUGUAACCGUCCUCCCAUCCUUCCCCCCCAUUAUUUUGCACGCUUCACCACCCUUCCCCACUCCCCUUCUGCUAUAGUCCCUUUCACAGAAAAAAAAUGCUGUUCCCGGAAAAUCAAGAACUCGAAAUUCCCACCACCACCUCCUCCUCCUCCUCCACCGCCACUCAAACACUCGAGAAAUGUGAUCCCACCACCGCAAUGAAUGAGCCCAUGAACAUGCUCACCGAUUACUAUGACAUUGAUAGCACUUGCUCCACCCCAUACGUAAGUGCACCCUCUAGCCCCGGCCGCGGCCAGGGUGCACCCGUCACCGGCUUUUACUACAGUGCUCCGGCGAGUCCUAUGCAUUUCAUGCUUUCUACGGCUAUGAGUAGUUGUAACAGUAACGACUUAGGACUGUCUUCCCAACCUGAAGUUUCCCCUACUUCUUCCACUUGCUCAUUCGAGUUCGAUUUCGCAGCCAGUAAAGUUUCCACCAAUGGGACUUCAUCGGCCGGAUCCAUGAGCUCCGCUGACGAGCUUUUCUUGAACGGCCAGAUCCGGCCCAUGAAGCUGUCCUCCCACCUCCAGAGACCUCAAGUUUUAGCCCCGCUCCUGGAUUUAGAUGUGGCUGAUGAUGAAGUUGACGAAAUUGUUAGAGGAAGAGAGGCGAAGAUGCGGGAUAGAUCCUUGCGGAGGAGGACUAGAUCUAUGUCGCCCCUGAGGACUAGCUCGAGCCCAUUCGGGUGGCACGAUGGAGCCGAUUUUGAGGUUGAUAGAUCAGGUGGAAUUUUCGAGGACAAAAAGCAGCUGGCUGCUGCUAAAAAUGGCGAGGAAGAAGAAGCUGUUUCGGGCGAGACGACCCCGUGCGAGUCUGGUGCGUCCUCGAGAUCUUCAUCCGUGGGGAGGAGUUCGAGUAGAUGGGUUUUCUUGAAGGAGUUUCUCUAUAGGAGUAAGAGUGAAGGAAGAAAUAAUGGGCACAAGUUUUGGGGGUCUCUGUCAUUUUCACCUGUUAAAGACAAGAUCAAAAUGGAGAAAUUAAUGCCAACAAAGUUCCCAUCACUUCAUUCUUCUUCUUCUUCCUCCUCCUCUCCUAAGGAUAAAGAUAAAGAGAAGGCCGCUCCCACAGGUGCAGCAACAGUUUCACCUGAUUUGUUGGCAACAGAGUCUGCAGAUGGGAAAAGAGCAAAACACACUGGCGGCCAAAAAGAUGGGAAGAAGAAGGUGGCGGUAAAUGGGGUUGGAAAGAGAAGGGUUCCUCCAUCACCUCAUGAACUGCAUUAUACUGCCAAUAGAGCUCAAGCUGAGGAGAUGAGGAAGAAGACAUUCUUGCCAUAUAGGCAAGGAUUGCUUGGUUGUUUGGGAUUUAGUUCCAAAAGUUAUGGUGCCAUGAAUGGUUUUGCUAGAGCUUUGAACCCUGUUUCUUCAAGGUAAAAAUAAAAAGGGGAAGAAGAUUAUGUAAAAUAAGUUUAAAAAAAAAAUCUAUGAUCAUUAGAUUAGAUUAUCCUUCAUGGGGUUGAAAAUUAUUACUAGUUGGGAAAAAAAAAACCGUAAAGUGGGGUUUGUAUAGAAACUUUCUUUUUAAUUGUGCCUUCUUCACUUUUCAGUGUAAUUUUGGGAUCUGCCUAUGUAUGUAGUUAACUCUACUACGAAUUUGAUGGCGAUCUCUUCGUUAGAAGGUUGGAAAUAGAAGAAGUUUGUUGAUUAAUUGUGAUGGAUUUGUUUAGCCAUUCUUGGCAAACUAUUCCUUAGAUCCACAAUUUUCUUCUGUUUGUUGUCUGGAUGAACAAUCCACCAGAGAGUUAGUAGCUCCAAUAAGUCAAAGCAUCUAUUC